UUUGAUUUAUCUUAGCCGGAGGUUGAAGUUAGGAUUGCCACUGCAAAUGGUUGUGGCGGAGGCCAACACAGCCCUUCAAGCGCCCUCCAAAGCGACGUCAGAGAGCGUCGAAGCCUUGCUUGAUGCUGCAAGAUAUAAUGACAUGGAUGAUGUUAAGAGCUUAGAGGCAAGUGGGGUUCCUCUUGAUUCCAUGGAUGAUCAGGGGAGAACAGAUUUUAAUGGAACUAGGGAGACUAUGGUGAGGGUCGAGCAAUGGUCUAGUCGCAGCCACAAUGUCUCUUCUCCACCUACACCCAUCACCAAUGGUGGUGAUCCCUUAAAUGUUCCGUUGUACUCCUCAACAACACAUGUUGCUGCAGCAAAGUAAAUCCACAAAUACAAC